AAGAAGGAAGGUACCACUUUCCAUUGCCUAUAUAAACUUACCUAGUUUAGGGAUACAAUCAUUGGCAUCGAAAAAUUCAUAAGCAUUCGAGCAAAUUAACAAGAUAGCGUUGAGAAAGGUGAUAUCAAAGCUUGAAAAAAUGUCGGGAAAUGGUGCAUCGAGUUCAUCAUUGAACAUGAUAUCAGGUGAAGACGUGGUUAACAAUAACUUGACUGCGCUGGUUGUUGAUGAUAGUCCACUUCUGCGAUUGCUCCAUGAUAUACAUCUUAAGAAGUAUGGACUAAAGGUUCAAGUUGCUGAAAAUGGGAAAGUUGCUGUCGAUCUUUUCCAUUUGGGAGCUUCAUUCGAUCUCGUUCUAAUGGACAAGGAAAUGCCUGUCAUGAAUGGUGUUGAGGCUACUAAGGAGCUGAGAGCUAUGGGGGUGACUAGCAUGAUCGUUGGUGUAACUUCAAAAGACGGACCGGGUGAGCAGCAAGCUUUCAUGGAGGCAGGGUUGGAUUAUUGCUUUGAAAAACCUUUGACUCCCGAGAUCAUCGGUAUUCUUCUGGAAGAGCUCAACAAGCACAACAAGAAGGAUUGACACCACCACCACCACCACCACCAGCAGCUUAGUUCAGUGAGUUAUGAAAUAAAAUGCAAGCCUUCUUGCUUUAUGUAGACAUAUAUACAUAUAUAUAUAUAUAUGCGUGUGCGUAGGUUUACUUUGGCCUUUAUGGUUGUUCCUAUGUACUAUGUUACUGUAAUUUCCCUUUUCCUAUUUAAAUUUAAAUAAACAAAGUUUAAUGA